AUGGCCAGUAGCAGACCAAAACGACAACCGAAACCUGUUAAACGUGACGAAUUCAUUUCGAUUCGUUUGGAUUCACAAUCUGAUGACGACGAUUUUGAAGACGUGCCAACAUCCUCUUGCUCCUCGUCUUCGCCACCUUCCCGAUCAAAACGUGCAUAUAUGAAACGAGUAAUACAGAAAAAAGAUGAAGUGAGUGCCCGUAAAUCGUUGGAAUACUUUACUCCGGAAGAAAGUCAAUCGAUAUUUCAUUUCAUUCUCUCACUGUGUCGAUCGAAAAACCCAUUGAGAGAAGGACGAGUUGCGAAGAGAAGAGUCGAGUUGAAUUCCAGGGAUUUAUGGGAAAAGUGUAGAGAAUUGACAGGAUCCAGUAGGGAUUCACAUGCACACAAACAACAUUUUAUGCAUUUCUGUCGAAAACUUCACGAAUAUCCGAAUCUGACACUGGAAGAGAAAGUGGAUUUAUACUAUGCAUUGGACAUUCGAGUCGUCGACGCAUCUCUCCGUGAAAAACUAAUUGAAAAAUUCGAAGUGGAAUUCAAUGAGACUGGAAUUAUUACGGGAAGUCUCCUACUUCAUCAUUGGGAUAUUGUACAUCCGGAUAGUGAAAAUGAAGAAGAAGAAGAAGAGGCGGAGUCAAAUAAAUCAAUGAAAUUCACGGAAUUCGAUGAUGGAAUGAUGUGGCAAUUCAUAGUUGAUCAGAUAAAAACAGGAGAGAUUUUGACGAAUUCGAAGAAAUUUUGGGAAGAGUUUCGAAAGAAACACGAGAAGAAGACGGGCGGACACAGAGUACCAGAGACUUAUAAGGCUAGAUACUUGCGAAUUCUUCUUCCGAAUCUCCAUCGAAUGCCAUUCGACAUUGAGACGAAAGCGGCAUUGUACUUUCAUUUGGAAUAUGCAGUACCUGAGGAAUUUAGAAAAGAAUUGUCCGAUCGAGUGAAUGUGAAAUUGGAUGAAGAAGGAAUGAUCUCUGAGUAUCCAUUGUGUCCAAACCCUAUUGUCCUUCAAUCCCGCCCGUAUAAAUCGAUAAUUGGAAUCUCAUCAAUUAACAAAUUAUCCACUUUGAAACCACCGAAUACAUCGAAUGACACUAGACCGUACUCUACGGAAGAGGACGGUCAAAUGUGGCAAUAUAUUCUGUAUCGAAGUAAUGGAAAACGGAUAAAUCAGAAAAUGAAUGGAUGGGUAUUCUGGAAACAAUUCAUGUCACAUGUACACACUGAUAGAAGUUGGCAGAGUUUGAGUGAACAUUUCGUGGAGGACCUAAUGGAGAAUAUACAGUACCUACCAUACGAUAAAAAGACCAAAAUGGAGCUCUAUUUUGCUCUGAACCACCCGGUUGAAGAUGAAGUACUCGCAGAGUUUGAAUCAGUCGCCAGUGUUGUUCUCACCAGAACAAGAUCCAUCAAAUUUGCGGCUGGAAAUGGUUUUUCGAUUGGACGGAGAGGACGAAACGGAGGAGAUGAAAGUGUAGAUGAGGGGAUUCAUUUAUCUGAGAAGACACGACGACAGAAUACGAAUUUACUCAAUCAGAUGCAUGAAAUGGCGAAGAAAAGGGAGAGAAUCGAGGCGACCGCAUCGAAUAGUGAUAGAUUCCCGUAUUUACCACAAGGAAUACGACCACGUGUGAAAUAUAUCAGAAAAAGAGAUAGAAUUGCGGCGGCGAAGAGAGCAGAGAAAGCAGCGAGCCUCGCCGCGAAACAAUCGCCGAACGAACCACCACCGUACUUUCCGAAUGAAAAGCUCCGUUAUCAAUAUUUCACAGAACUUGAAUAUGGGAAACGAGUAGAGGAUCAUAGAAGGAGAAAAAGAAUUGCGGAGAAGGAAGAGGAUUCAGAAAACAACGAGGAUGCGGAGACGGAAGUGAAACUGGAACCGAUGGAUUUUGUUUCAGAAGACCUCGAAAUCGAUGAGAAACCGACAAGGGACGAGCCGACGUCUUUUGAAAGGAUUCUGGAGGCUCCGCUGAAUUCUGGAGCACAGGAAGAGCAAAAACCGGAGAAAUUGUCAGUGACGUCACCGCCGAAAAUUCAGGAAAAAGAGCAAAAACCGGAGAGAUUUGAGGAUUCUGGAGUCUUAAAACAGGCUAUGACGGUGCCAAAAAUGUCAAAACCGACACAGCUCAUAGUUAAAACCAUCCGGGAACGUGUCCCAUACUAUCCGGAAAUUGGGGAUUCAGAAGCGCCGACGACGAUUCCGCAAACCGUUUUUCGCAAGUUUAAAACAGAUCACAACAAGGUUCCGGCAUACUUUGAGCAAGUGCGCCCUUCUAGAACAGUCGAAACGGUACCGUAUGUGGCGUACGAUCAUCCCGCUCUUGACGUCGUCACAGAACAAAAACCGGAGAGAUUUGAGGAUUCUGGAGCCUUGACACUGGCUAGCACGGUGCCAAAAACCACACUUGUUCGAGAACGUGUGCCAUACUAUCCGAGAAUUGGGGAUUCUGAUGUUCCCACGACGUCAGAAGCACCAAAGAUUCCACGUCAGGUUCUCAGACCGCCCGAAAUUGGGACCAGAAUUGAUCCACCUCGAAAACCCGUACCGUACUACUGCCGAAAAGUGUACGGUACUCCUGCCAAGAAGCCAAAAUUGACGAAAGUUUCUGGAGUCGACGCGAAAACUCUUUAUGUGGCAAUGGGCGGAGCACCGAAACCGGUACCGUAUUAUUCAGAGGAAGAAGAAGAAGAGGGGGAGAUGGAUUUUGAGCCAAGAAUUUCAGAAUAUGAUCUGUCUUCUGAGAUUCAGAAACAACCGGAAAGAGUUCCGUAUUUUCCGGAGGCUCGAGAGAAGGAUGAGCACGAGGAGGCGGAGCCCGUGGAGUCGGAGCCCGAAGAAUAUGUAUACGAUAAGACGCCAUUCCCGUCACCUGCAAACCGACAAGUCCCGCCCCUUUAUGUGGGGAAACGUUUUAUAGCGAGGAAAGCGGUCGCUGAGCAACUAACUGCCACCACGAAAUCCGCGAAUCCGCCCCGCUACGCAAGUUUUCUCCAGAAGAAGCAGUUCGCAUCGGUUGCGCCGAGACAACCGAUACCGGUGGCCACGAUGAAUACAUUCGACUCGAUGGAUUCUGGCAUUGAAUCCAAUGGAUGGGUAGAAAAAGAGCCAAAGAAAGAGUUUAUUGUACUGCGAGGUGGAUGGAAUGGAGAGACGAUGGAUACUAUGAAUACAUCGUCCUCUGGUUUUUUGACACGUCCCUCUUCAAAACCAUCGAAAGUGAUGUUGACAAUGGAAUUGUUCAACAAUCAGAAGCAUGUUCCAACUACUACUCCAAUCAAAGAACCGUCGAGACCUCAUUCCGAUGAAUUCGUCGAUUCGGCAAUCGAAGAAAUGGAGAUUCAUCUGAAAACCUUCUCGAAAGAGUUCUCCGACGCAAACUCCAAAUUGACACCAGCACAACGACAGAUGUAUGGAGAUAGGCUGUUGGGAUCCGUCAAAAUGUUCCAAGCGGGAAUCAAGAAAGCGAUCAUGAAGGAUCCGCCGAUAUAA